AUGGCAGGCUACGCGCUGGUCCCCGCCUCCCUUGCGGUGGGUUCCUCAUCCGUGGCGACGCUCCUCGCACUGACGGCUGGCACGAGCCUCUGCUCCUCGAGCGCCAACGCCAUGAAUCAGUUUCUCGAGGCGCCUUACGAUGCGCAGAUGCAGCGUACGCGCGCACGGCCGCUGCCCGCGCGCCAGGUGUCGCAUAUGCAUGCGUUCGCCUUCUCCAUCGCCACAGGCGUCGGUGGCACAGCGCUGCUCGCGACGGCCGUCAACCCGCUGACGGCCGCGCUGGGCGCUGCCAACAUUGUGCUGUACGCUGGUAUCUAUACGCCGCUGAAGCGCCUGUCCAUGGUUAAUACGUGGGUCGGCGCCGUCGUUGGCGCUAUCCCGCCCUUGAUGGGCUGGGUCGCGUCGACCGGCACGCUGUUCGAAGCGAGCGACGCGCCCGCAUGGAUCCUUAGUGCGAUCCUCUUCGCAUGGCAGUUCCCGCACUUUAACAGCCUAGCACAUGUUGUCCGCGCCGAUUAUGCCAAGGGCGGCUACCGCAUGAUGUCCGUCCUCCGACCCGCCCUAAACCGGCGCACGGGCCUGCGCUACGCCGCCGCGCUCUUCCCGCUCUGUGCAGCUCUGCCGUUCUGCGGCAGUACGACCGUCCUUCCGGUGUAUGCGCUGCUCUCUGCAGUCCCCAAUGCUGCGCUCUUCCACGCGGCGUGGAGAUUCUACAAGGAUCAAGGGCACGCCUCCGACGCGAGUGCGAGCGCGCGCAAGUGCUUCUUUGUCAGCCUGUGGCACUUGCCCGCCGUCAUGCUGCUCGCCAUGGCAUGCAAGCAAGAUAUCUGGGACGGAUUCAAGCGAUAUGUGAUCGGCGGCGAAGCCGGGUCUGAGGAUGAAGGGGAUGAGAAUUGCAAGAUGCAGUCGUAA